AGGCUAAUUUCCUGUAUGCCAGCGAAGUAAUCUGAGCGACGGGCACCACCUUCGGAUUGCCUCAACUGUCGGCAUUUACUCCUAUCUACUGAGGCUGACGGGUUCUGCUGUGGGCAUUCUGUACACAAGACUUCCGUCUCUGGGGAGAAAGUUUGCACAGACAAAUAUACUGUGGAAUCAUGUCUUCCUCAGCGAUCUAUAUUUUAGACGUCAAAGGAAAGGUGCUGAUAUGUCGCAACUACCGAGGAGAUAUAGAUAUGUCAGCGAUUGACAAGUUUAUGCCACUGUUGAUGGAUAAGGAAGAAGAAGGGAAUGUGACGCCCAUACUACAACAUGGAAAUAUUGCCUAUGUCUACAUAAAAUACAACAACCUCUAUUUAGUGUCAACUACCAAGAAAAAUGCUAGCGCCACUAUGGUCUUUUCAUUUUUACAUAAAAUUGUACAGAUUUUUGCUGAAUAUUUUAAAGAACUAGAAGAAGAAAGUAUCCGUGAUAAUUUUGUAGUUAUUUAUGAGCUUUUGGAUGAAAUAAUGGAUUUUGGUUAUCCCCAGACCACAGAUAGUAAAAUAUUACAGGAGUAUAUCACUCAAGAAGGCCACAAACUGGAGAUUGCCCCCCGACCUCCAAUGGCUGUCACUAACGCAGUAUCAUGGAGAUCAGAGGGAAUCAAAUACAGGAAGAAUGAGGUUUUCCUGGAUGUGAUUGAAUCGGUCAAUUUAUUGGUGAGUGCUAACGGCAAUGUUUUGCGUAGUGAAAUUGUUGGCUGCAUCAAGAUGCGAGUUUAUCUGUCUGGGAUGCCAGAGCUUCGACUUGGUCUCAACGAUAAAGUGCUCUUUGAGAGUACUGGAAUAGGAGGAAAAAGCAAGUCUGUGGAGCUGGAAGAUGUGAAAUUCCAUCAAUGCGUUCGGUUGUCAAGAUUUGAAAAUGAUCGCACCAUCUCCUUCAUUCCACCAGAUGGAGAAUUCGAACUUAUGUCUUACCGCUUAACCACUCAUGUGAAACCUCUGAUUUGGGUUGAGUCUGUGAUUGAGCGUCACGUCCAUAGCCGUGUCGAAUAUAUGAUUAAAGCUAAAAGUCAGUUCAAGCGCCGUUCCACAGCGAACAAUGUGGAAAUCAUCAUUCCAGUCCCACAAGAUGCUGACUCCCCUAAAUUCAAGACUACUGUUGGAAGCUGCAAAUAUACCCCAGAAUUAAAUGCUGUUAUCUGGACAAUAAAAUCUUUUCCCGGUGGGAAAGAAUAUUUGAUGAGAGCUCACUUUGGUCUCCCAAGUGUUAUUGGAGAAGACUCAGAAGGCAAGCCCCCUAUACAAGUCAAAUUUGAAAUUCCUUAUUUUACAGUUUCAGGAAUACAGGUACGCUACUUGAAAAUCAUUGAGAAGAGUGGUUACCAAGCUCUACCAUGGGUGCGUUAUAUCACCCAAAACGGAGACUACCAAUUACGUACCAAUUAAUGAAUGAGAAACAAAAAACAAAAACAAAAAAAAAAUCAAACAAAAAAAAACAAACAAACAAAACAAACUCACUAACAGAUUGGAAAAGGGAAUGAGAUGUUGAUAGAGUGCAAUCAAUAUUGUAACGAUCCAUAUGAAUAUUGGCACAGAUACAUAUUGCCGCUGCUUCUAUCUGACAUUAUUUACAGUUAGGGAAAAGUUCAACAGGUCGUGUAAACCUCGUUGAAUAUCCAUGCGUUUUUAUAUGUAUAUGUUUGUGAACUCAAUUAUUAAUUUCAUUCAGAUUAUUCAAUUACCUUUUUUUUUUUUUUAUCUAGACAAAUUAUUUUAAAAAAUAAAUUAAAACCUUAACUAUCUAUAUAAUUUAUGAAUUUAUUGUUUUUGUUUGUUUAUUUUUUUUUUCCUUUUAAAAAUAAAUUAAUUUUUCCAUUGGUUAUAUUUUACAUUAGAUACUUCCAUGUUUUCACUCACACACACAGACAGACAAUCACAUACACACACACACACACAUAUACUCCCAUACACGCAGAUACACUCACUCUUUUGUUUAAAACUUUAUGAACACAUGACUAGUUUUUAUCAAUGAUAUUUACUGAACUUUUGAAAGUAGACACCUUCUUUUUGUUAUCAGUUACUUUUUAAUUUAAUCUUAAACUUGAUCAGUUUGUUUUUCAGUGAUUACAAAGUAGCUGAGUUGUAAAACAUAUUUUCUUUCUUUCUUUACCGUUUUUUUUUUUUUUUUACUUUCUCUCUCUGUUGUUCUGUUAGGUUUCAAAUUUAGUUCAAUUUAAAUCAGAAUAUAUUGUUGAUAAUAUUUACUACAAUUAGAACAAGUCAGUCUACUGAAAACUUUAGUAUUUACUUAAUACUGAGUUUUUUUUUCUUUCUCAUUUUCUUUCGGUACAAAGUAAGCAAAUCUGAAGGCGAACAGAUAUUGCUUGUUUCUGUUUUUCCUAUUAUUUUUUUACUUUUUUUAAUUUUUUUUAUUAAAUAUAUGACUUAUCUUUAUUCCUUUUGAAAAGAGCAUGAAUACAAGAGAAACCCAGAGAAUCAGUUCUUCUAUGCCACCAUUCUGUCACGGUUUUAUCACUUUCCAGUCCAUUUUCCACAUCUGUAAUUUUUUCGCAAUAGGACAGAUUUUUGUCUGACUGAAAUUUAAAUAAUCUUCCAAGAUAACAAACAAGAUAGAUUUUCAGAGGGAGCCUAUUUCUGGUGCAGUCUGCUCUCAGAAUCUACUUCUCUAAGAUCCAAUUUAUUUAUAUUGUCUUGUUUAGUGAAAAAGACUGCCACAAUCACUCAUCGACCACUGUUCCAUCUUCAGUGUCCCUAAUCUUCCCCAAUUACCAACAUCCAGAUGUUUAAAAAGCCAGUAAGUGUUAUGGCUAGUUCUUGACACUUGAGGCCAGGCUCUCCAAAACUUUGUAGUACUAGAUGUUGUUUAGUUAACUUUUACCUAUUUUUACUGUUAAUGAGGUUAAUAUCUGUAUAUUGUCAGUAUUUUAGAACUGAAUGCAUUAAUUAUAAAAUACAUCAGAUUAAUGUUAAUGUUGUAUGUUUCAAAAAGAAAAAAAAAUCUCCUUAUUCAAAUUGUAGAUUUUCAGUGAAUCUAAAAUUAACGAACUUUGAAAGAUUAGCAGAUUGUUUACUAAUGACGAUGAGAUCAAAUCUUUUUUUUUUUUUUUUUGUUGGACAUCAUUUUACAACAUAUCUCUAAUUAAUAAGGGUAAUUAUUUCACUAUGUGGAAUCAAUUUUUUCCCUUCAAGUUUGUAACUUAUUUAUUUAUUUGUUUGUUUAUUUAUUUAUUAUUAUUUUUUUUUUCAAAUUUUUGCUGCAUUUUUCUGGUGUUCUAACUGUGACUUGACUUGUUCAACUUUUACUGAAAAACUAGUCAACUGUUAAUUGCUCGGGUUCCCAGACAAUCUAUUGUUGCUCUAUUUCUCAAUGUUUUGCAACUUAUUUGGAAUGAGGAGAGUGUGAGAAAAAAGACACAAAGUGAGAGAGAGAUAGAGAGAGAGUGUGUGUGUGAGCAAGUGAGAGAGAGAAAAAGAGGAGUUAAUUGCAGCUACAUUUGAAUGAAGCAAUCAUAACUAAUUAUGAGAAACUAAUGUUGUUCAAUAUUUCAAUUGACUGUUAAUGGAAAAUGUUAUUUCUUUUUUUUUUUCUUCUUCUUCUUCUUCUUGCAUCCAUCUAAUUCAGUAAUUUUAUCAUCGGUGAAGAGCGAAAAAUCAAACCAGAUUUUUUUAAGCAACUCUGCUGUUUGAUACAUACAAUGUUUAUUAAAAAUUUUAUUUUAAUUAAUUGCAACAUUUGUUCAUAUCUGAUGUAUUUGUUAAGAGAGUUUUUUUUGUUACAUGUUUGUUUGUUUGUUUGUUUUGUUUUUCUUUGUUGUUUUUUGUUUUUUGUUUUUGUUUUCUUUUUCUUCCUUUUGCUAUCCAUUAUUUUGGGAAACCCCCAUUAUCAUCCUGCGCUGUUGAUCCCAUGUUCUGGCCAUCAUAAAUGACAAUAAUAAUAAUAAUAAUAAUAAUAAUAAUCUUCAUGACUGAUUGCAAUCAUUUUAAUCACUGUCAUGUAUAUUAGAAAGGUGAAAUAAAUAUUGUGAGUGUUUA